AUGGCGAAGAGCAGACAACAGUCAACACGUUCGCGUGCCGCACGCCGUGCAGCUUCGCCAAGUCUCGACUUGGAUAAGUCUGUGACCUCGCUGCCUCGUGCGGAAUCCCCUGCCGCUCAGCGGCCCUCUGUUCUGACCGAUCGUCGCAAUUCUGGCAUUCAGAAGAAGAACAAGAAUGACAAGAAGCUUUCGAGGGCUCAGCGGUUAAGGCAACAAAAGGGCAUGGACCGUGCAGAGGCAGUUCUGGACCAAAUGGAGAUUAAGAAGGCUAAGAGUCUGGCACGUGGUAAGAUCGUCAAUAAUAGAAGGGCUGAUUGGGAGGAUACCAACCGCAAUUCCACGUUGUUCACCGCUCUCCAACAACAGGAGAACGAAGACGAAGACGAGGCUGAAGAUGGCGACGAAGCUAUGGCCGAAGAUACCGAACCGCCUGCGAAGGCUGUCGCAAGCACAAAUGUCUUCCAGAUGUCAGAUGAAGCCUCCGGACCCGCCACAGACGACUUUGACGAGAUCACCUGA